AGGAUGCUGCGUCCGGGUUUCAUUCUAGACUCGAGGGGGCACAGAGCAGACUCAGAACUCUGUCCCACCUGCGUGUGGUGGGAUAUGGGCGCCAGGAAACGCGAGGCCAGAAGUCGGAGAAGCCGGGACAGCCCGAUGCCCACGCCUUGCGUUCAGACACUGUGCUUCGACCCUCUGGUGCGACACUGCGUGGCCUGUAACCUCCUCCGCACGCCAGACCCUCUACACGCAAGCAGCCAGGCGCCCGGGACAGCGCUGCAACCGCAGGAGUCGGUGGGCACCGGAGCCGGGCCUGAUGCGAGGCUGCCGCUGCCGGGGUUGCUCUUCGGCGCCCCCGCGCUCCUGGGACUGAUGCUGGCCCUGGCCCUGGUGGCCCUGGUGACCUGGAGGUGGCGGCAGCAGCGCAGGAUGGCUUCCCCAGGCACCCCAGACGGAGUCCAGGAAGAGUCCCUGGACAAUGUCUUCGUGUCCUCAUCAGAAACCCUUCAUGCCUCUGCUCCCAUCUGGCCUACCCCCAAAGAAGAUGCAGACACCACCCUGCCGGGCCACAGCAUCCCAGUGCCGGCCACGGAACUGGGCUCCACUGAGCUGGUGACCACCAAGACAGCCGGCCCUGAGGAAUAGCAGUGGUAGAGGGAAUUCAGACUCUCACCCACCGGCUUGGAAAAGUUCAGCUCUUCAGGGAUGGAGCCCACUGCCUGGAGGGAACCCAGAGGAAAUACAGACACUACAGGCCACAGACUCCCACCAGCAUGAGACUGUUCUUGGGUUAGCUUUUGACUUGAGAACUUGCCCUUUUUGAGAUUGUUUUUAAACUCUUAUGCCUAUAAAUGGUUGGGUAGACUUCA